AUGAAGAUUCUCAGCAAAGAGGAAGAGGCUGCGCACUACAAGGUCGUCGUCAAGGGCGGCCUCAUUGGCGGCUCGGCCGGUCUGGCCCUCGGCCUCGGCGGCGUCGUCCUCGCGUCUCGCCGCUACCCUGCCUUCCGCGGCCUGACGCUGCCCUUCCGCUCGUUCCUCGUCACCUCGUCGGCGACCUUUGGCGCCAUCGUCUACGCCGACCGCUGCUCGACCAUCUUCCAGCGAUCGCAGGACCCCAUGUGGGGCUACCAGGACAAGAGCCACCGCGCGCUGCAGAUGGCCCGCGACAACGAGUCGACCUACGAGCGCUUCAUGGCCUGGGGCAAGGACAACCGCUACAGCGUCGUCUUUGCGAGCUGGCUGGCCUCCAUGGGCGUCGCCCUCGCCAUCGUCGGCCGCGCGCCCAUCAGCACCGCGCAGAAGCUCGUCCAGGCCCGUGUCUACGCCCAGGGCCUGACCCUCGCCGUCCUCAUCGUCUCGGCCGCCUUCGAGGUCAACGACGCCAAGUCGGGCAGCGGUCGCUGGGAGACGGUCAUGGUCCUCGACCCCAACGACCCGGAGCACAAGCACCUCAUUGAGAAGCGCAUCCACAAGGAGGAGUACGAGGGCCAGGACCUUUGGAUGGAUAUGGUCGAGGCUGAGGAGAAGCGCAUCGCUGAGCGCAAGGCCAACCAGUCCACCGAGAGCAAGAGCAAGACUUCCAAGAAGACCUCGGAAAAGCCCGAAAAGGCAGAGAAAGCCAACAAGGCAGAUCAACCCAAAAAGGCUGACGGCUCCGAAGAGACUGACAAGUCCGAAAAGGCCGACGCCAAGGCUUAA